GCCACCCAUCUUCUUCCUGCCUCAUCACGUGGCCCUCGUCCUUCUGGGGUUCUGAGGGACAAUGCCUGUGGCCGUGGUCACAGACCAGGCGGCUGGCCCAAGCAAUAUUGGUGACAAGGAUGGGGACCUGCAGGUGCUUAAGGAACUCUGGCAGCUCCAGGCCAAGCAGAGGAAGCUGAAGAGACAGGUCAAGGAGCACAAGCAUUUUGAAGACUACCUGAUCAAGGUCCUCGAGGAAACCCCCAAGGUUCGUAUGCAGCUUCCUCAGAAAGCCUGUCGCCUGCUAUGGAGCCGUGGGAGCCCCGAGAACUCUGCCCUGGAGGUCAGGGAAGGCUUCACGGAGGAGGCGGCCUCUCGUGGGGCUCAACAACAAUUCCUGUCCCCUCUUGCAGCCUCCCCCAGUCAGCCGUUUGUCCCCAGGGGCAGUCUCCUGCCCCACUGGGCAGUCUCCAUCCAGAAUCCGUGUUCUCAGCUGAUAGGCAGCCUUUGGCGCGUAGAGGCUUCUCCUGAAGAGGCGAGAGGCUACAACAAAGAGGAGGAGCAGGAGGAGGCCCUGGUGGAGGCUGUGGUGGAGCACUCCGGGAAGCUCUUCACGGUCAGCCAGGACGUCCAGAAGCAUCUGGAGGCCUUCUCCAGGACGAACCAGGCUGUCCACCAGAGCCUGGAGUCUCUAGAGGAGGGCCACAGGGCUCUCAUCCCGAGCCUCAAGACCCAGCUGUGUCCACUGCAGAGGAGGUGUUACCGCAAGCAGGAGCAGUGGUGGCGGUUGGAACACGGUGUCACCAACCAGAAGGACACGGAGGGCCUGAGCCUCCCCCUCCCUCUCUUGCGGAACCAGCUGCUCAGCUACAUGCAAACAGCCAUCAACAACAUGGCCCAGCAGUGCCGCUCCUCUGCCCACGGCAUGCCCGAGAUGGGCCUCGUCGCCAAGCUCGACCUGAUCCAGGACUUUAUGUUGGACAAAACGGAGACUGUGAGAUUUAUCUCACUGCUCAUGGAACCCAGAGUGUGCUGGUCAGGGGACAGCCUUGGGGACCAGGGGCUCAGAAGGUACCCCAGACCCUUCAGGAAAUGUCCAAGGAGUCCAGCUUCGACCUCCAGGACCCCCUUUCCCAGCACCCAAACGUCACAGUGCUCCAGCCUGUACUGA